CAUUUUAAGCGUUGCUUAACUGCUCUUGACGUCACUACUUUUGACGAUUUGUGUGAGCUCAUGACUUUGGAACAGUUCAAAAAUAUUCUUCCAGACAAGAUUGCUACUUACAUAACAAAACACAGGGUCACUUCUGCGGCUGAAGCUGCUGUGGCAGCUGAUGAGUUUGUGUUGCUUCAUAAGAGCAGGUUCGGAGGGCGCUCGCGGCCCUGGCUGUUUUUGACGGAAGUAGAAAGGUUGGUUCAUUUGGGAUGGAGCCAAGGAACUUGGGUUUGGUCAAAUCUGAGGGGGAUAAUAAUGAUAUUUGCCACUACUGUCGCGAAAAAGGCCAUUGGAAGGCAGACUGUCCUGCGCUUAGAGAAAAAUCUAAGGGAGGAAGAUAUUUUGUUGGGCCUGUUGCGUUGGCUGCUCCUGUGGAAAGCAGCGGUGUUGCCGAUGUGCUUACAUCCCACUUAGGUGGAUCUGAGGUUUUGGUAUCUUAUGCUCCAUUUAUACGAGACAGCUUGGUGUCAUUGGUAGGUAGUAAUGUCAUAGUUCCAAUCAAAAUCUUGCGAGACACAGGGGCUUUUGACUCCUAUAUUGUUGACUCUGUUUUGCCUCUGUCUUAUGAAAGUGACACUGGUGACACCCUUCUGAGUAGGGGACUGGGAUUAAAAGUUCUUCCUAUUCCUGUUCAUAGGAUGUAUAUUGACUGUGGUCUUGUUAAGGGUGAGGUGGCUGUUGGUGUACGUCCAGAUUUGCCAAUGGAGCGGAUACAGUUCAUCCUGGGCAACGGUUUGGCAGGUAGCAGAGUCUGGACUGAUGUUCCCCCUGUGCUUUUAGUGACUGGCGGUCCGAUUGAGUCAAGGUCUGAGGAGAGCUCUACAGUGUUGGCAGACGUCACGCCCUCUGGUGUGAUCACUCGUGCUAUGGACAAAAACAUGUUUAGAAAACAGAAGACCAAGCAUUGUCCCACUAGUCAAAGUGGUCGUGGCGGCGGUGGCGUUGAUGGUGGUCGUGGUGGCGGCAGCGUUGAUGGUGGUCGUGGCGGCGGCAACAGGGGUCGAGGAAGAGGCAAGGAAAUGUCCUGCCAUCGGUGUGGAGACCAAGGACACAUGGCUCGUGACUGUGGGCAUGCCAACGACCGGAAGUGCUAUUCCUGCGGUGGGCUUGGUCACAUCCAGAGACGUUGCAGUAGGGUGAAAUGUUACAGGUGUGGCGACAUUGGCCACGUGGCGGUGCAUUGCAGUAAAGCCAGUGAAACUAACUGCUACAACUGAGGAAGCAUGGGCCGUGACGGUAAUGUAUUGUCUGUCAUACAGUUUAAUAAAUCGUUCUCGUCUGCCCAUCCUUUUAAAGUGUGCUUCUCAGGUUGCUUACCUGUGUUGCUAAAGAUGUGGCUGGGUGUGGGAGAAGCGGCUGGCAGUGUGAGGGUUGUAUGUUGCAAUUGUUGGUUUUGUUGGAAGUGGGGUGCCGUAUGUCUGGUAUUUUUGUUGUUCAUUACUGGUGUUUUUUUUGUUUUGUCAGGGUUGGUGUGCCGGUGGUCCUGGGGACACCGACUUUAAGGGGGGGGGUUGUGACGACCCCUGCCUUAUUAUCUCUGGGGUGUGUAUGUUCCUUUAAGGUUUUCCCUUUGGUCAAUCAGCUGGGAUUGAGGACACCUGGCGGCUGGAGCUAGCCGGAUAAAGGACCGGGCCGGAUCUCGCUCUCUCUCUGGCAGGAGGACGCAGC